AUGAUCAUGGAGUCGUUCGGCAACCCUGAGGAUGCUCCCACCUUUUGCAUCGGGCAGCAUGAGACCAACCGCGAGAAGCCCAUCACUUCGGCGGCAGUGCGGGCGGCACAUGAAAGCAAUUAUGACAUGCUGACCGUGCCCAUCACCACGUCCUCGUUCCAUUCUCGGGUGCUCAACCUGCUUAGCUCCAGUUCUAACGCCCCCCCAACGCCUGCUGCCAGUGGCACCUUGAUGACCACCCAAAACAUCAGACCUCUCGUGGUUCCUCCGUUGACACCUGGCGAUACCCAUCUGACUCCGUGCGAUGUGAUGACACAGCUGGUCGGGGUCACCAGCAGAUGGAUUGAUCUGUGUUCCCCCGAUCCGCUCAUUGCCGACAUCUCUCGCCAGGUGCUCAUGCGCGAGGUUGCCUACGCAGCCUUCUGCGGAAUCGGGUACCUCCUGGUUCCCGGCCCGAAACUGCACCACAGAGAGCUGAAUUCGGAGGGGUUGAUCUACUACGCCAGAGCGAUCCAAGACGCCCUCAAUCUCGGUCCUUACAUACAGUUUCAUAUCUGGAUGCCCAUGGUAGACAAGCCGGACCUGGAACUGAUGGAGAUGGGUGAUCUGGCGCCACUGGCUCGCCCGGAGUUUCUUGGAGAUCCCUCGGCCGCAGAGUCGUCGAAAGUGGAUCCCUUCGGGACAUGGGAUGCCUGGGACAUCAUCCGGAGGACCUGUAGAUACCACUCGAGGCUGGUCGUAGCGCUAUCAAUGCCCAGACACCUCCCUCCCAUGUCCGUACAGUCGAGGUGGUAUUCCGAGCCAGUGCAUUUGCUCGCUCUAGAUGCCACCACCUUCAUUAAGAACCAAAAGGGCUAUCCCGUGCUGGCAAAAACACAUCAGGCGCUGAUCUCUCGGUUCAUGCGCCUUCGGACCGCCCCAUGGCUCUUAAUCUGUGAUCUGGACUCCAUCCCAGGCGCGGAAGCGAAAGAAUCGUCCGUGAAUACCGCUGACUACCCCAGCCUGACACAAGCUGCAGUGUCCAAGAAGCAUUAUGACCCGACCCCUCAUCUGUCCUACGUAAGAAACCUGCAGCAACGCCAGCCGUCUAGGUCCGCCAUGGAAAGAUUUGGUGUAGGCUACCAAGACUACCUCCAGGCUCCGUUGCAGCCAUUGACAGUCAACCUGGAAAGCAUUACUUAUGAAGUGUUCGAGAAAGACCCCAUCAAAUACCAGUGGUACGAACGGGCGAUCGCCAAGGCGCUCCGUGACUGGGAGUCGCAAAAGAAACCCACCUCGAACCCGGACGGCCGCGUGGUCGUUGCGGUGGUGGGUGCCGGUCGAGGACCGCUGGUAUCUCGCGCUCUCCAGGCCAGCAUGGAUACGGGCGUCAAGAUCGACCUCUGGGCAGUAGAGAAAAACACCAACGCCUUCGUUCUUCUCCAGCGCCACAAUGAGCAACGCUGGGAUGGACAGGUGAAGCUCGUCCAGUCGGACAUGCGCAGCUGGAAGGGACCGCAAGUCGAGAAGAAGGAUAUUUUGGAAGCGCCAGCCGCACCGGUAGGGCAGACUCUUGGAAUCCAUGACUCUUUUCUUUACAAUGCCAACGAGGAGCAGGGUUCUGCGCAAGCGCCCGAAUCGGCUGCCGCUCCGCCUGUCGCCGAGCUCGUCCCGACCACCAUCGACAUCGUGGUUUCCGAGCUCUUGGGCUCCUUCGGUGACAACGAACUCUCGCCGGAAUGCCUGGACGGCAUAACGCCCCUACUCAACCCCGUCCACGGUAUCUCUAUCCCGGAAUCGUACACGGCUCACCUCACCCCCAUCGCGGCCCCGAAGCUUCAUGCCGACGUCAUGAAUCAAACCGUUUCCAACCCGGCAGCUCCCGAGACACCGUACGUAGUCAUGUUACACGCCAUCGACUUCCUCUCCACCAACCAGCCCUCCGCAACUGCUCUUAUGAAUUCUAGCCCUGCUGGCGCUCGGCCUAACGUCCGGGAUUCCAUCUCCACCCUCCCGGGUUCUGGGGAAACCCCCAUUCCGUUUGUACAGACAACAUGGUCGUUUGAACAUCCCAAUCGGAACAUCCCUCCCCAGUCGCCGUCCACGUCGACGAUCUCCAACGCACAUAACGUACGCCAAACACGCCUGUCGUUCCCUGUCGCCAACCGCGGAGUGUGCCAUGGCCUGGCGGGGUACUUUGAAACCGUGCUGUACCGGGAUGUAGAACUGUCUACCAAUCCCGUCACGAUGGAUGCCAAGAGUGCCGACAUGAUCAGCUGGUUUCCGAUAUACUUCCCACUGAAGACGCCGCUCAAUGUUCCGGACAACGGAGAAGUCGUCGUGACCAUGUACCGACAGACGGACGACCGCAAGGUCUGGUACGAGUGGAUGGUGGAAGUGUUUGCCGUGGAAGGCAACGAGGAGGCCGCGCCAACCGAAGUGGUGAUGAGUGGAGGGAGAGGCGCAUCUCCCACCGCUGGCAGCUCGAAGAGCCAGGACGCCCCCAGGCUGCAGCAGAAAUCACGUGGGGGGCGGCGCAUCCGGGUUGGGACGAGCGAGCUGCAUUCCAGCAUCAAGGAAGGCUGUCUCAUGUGAGGAGCCAAGCGGGAUCUGAGACUAGGUAAG